AAGUUAAAUUUAAUUACUAUACUUAACACUUGCCUUUUUUUUCUUUAAUGUCCUCUACAAAAAUCACCUUCCUCUCCUUCCCCAAUUUUCCUUGGAGUCUUCUCCAAGGUUAAUGCCAAAAAUACCCCUCGUCGUCCCAUCAACGACGGGCGGUGAGCGAAAAUAUAAUUUUCUAUUCGAGUCACAACCACCAUCACGACCAGCGUUUCAAAAUGCCUCCUAAAAUGGGCGUAUUGAAACCUUUCCAACUAUUGGAGGUAAACAUUAUCUCCGCGCAAGAUUUGGAACCUAUGUCCAAGAAAAUGAAAACCUACGCGUCCGCGUGGGUCCACCCUACACGAAAACUCACCACAGGGGUUGAUGCUGAAGGUGGUAACAACCCUACAUGGAAUGACAAGUUUGUUUUUCGCGUAGAUGAUGAAUUUUUACAACACGAUACUUCGGCUGUCCAAAUUGAUAUUUUUUCGAAACAUUGGUUUAAGGAUUCGAUCGUUGGGUCCGUUCGUGUCCUCGUUGGAAAUCUUAUCCCUCCUCCGACUCGACCGCAAUAUCAACGACACCAUAUUGGUAUGCGUUUUGUUGCGCUUCAGGUACGUCGUCCCUCAGGACGUCCUCAAGGAAUAUUGAACAUUGGUGUUACAUUACUUGGUGGUACUAUGAGAAGUAUGCAAUUAUACAGACAAUUAAGUAUGUCUGCAGUUGGAUAUCGUAAUUUAAUGGACGAAGAUGCAGAUCUUCCAAACUACAACGAAAAAAAUAUAGAUGUUCAGAAGGGCGAUGAUAACAUCAACAACAAUUUCAACGCGAUAAAACCUAUAUUGCGUCGUUCAAGGAGUGAACGUAGCGAACGUGUCACAUUUGAUAGUGCCUCAAUGGCUAAUAGUUCAUUAGUCGCAGUACCCCAAAAGAAAAAAGUUGUGGAGAAAGAGAGUUCGAUACUUAGUAUAUCGUUUGAGCCACCUACACCUAAACACAUGACGAAGAAAAAAGGGAAAGCGAGUUCGGUUAUAAGUGGGGCGGAGUUGAGAGAAAAAACAAAAACAAAAGACCAAAAAGGUAAGUCUGGGUCAGUGUUAAGCGAUUCGAUUGUUAGUAAAGACUCAUCGAUUCUAAACAGGCCGAAUAGUGAUAGGCCCAAGCCCAAAGAUAACAAUAGGCCCACCAAACUCAAGCUCAUAGAGUUAGAAUUUGGGGAUAAAGAAAAGCCCAUUAAUGAAGAGAAGACUGGUAUUGACUCACCAACAACUAAGGCAGUUGAUGAAAAGUCAAUUACAAUAAAGCCCAAUAAGGGUUUGGGCUUAGGAGUUAGUGGUGGUGGUGGUCUGCCUAAAGAAAAGCCCACAACAGUGCCUGUGCAACGAAAUAAUGGUGGAUAUGAUUAUGGAGGCCCAAAAGGUCCUGGAAAUGGGAAGUUUGUAUUUGGAGGCCCAUUAAAGGCCCAUUCGGUAUGGUCUGAUUCCGAAGUUGGGCCUUCACCCUCUGAAGUAGCGGCCGCUAUAGCGGAAAAGAAAUACCCUUUGGAAGAGGAAAAGAGCUCAGUUUUAGAUGGUUGGAGUUUAGACGAAAGCGUCGAAGGGCUCAGGUCGAAGCUCGAGAGGUGGCGGACCGAGUUACCGCCACUAUAUGACCGGGGGAUGGCGUCUAGUAGCUACCAUUCAACGGGCCGGCACACGAGAAGACACACUGAUGGUGGGAGUGGGCUAUUUUCUUGCUUUAGUAACUUUUAUGGUUAUGAAUGUCAAUGCAUUUGUGGAAAGCCCAAGAAAAGUAUGAACCCUAGGUUCCAAAGCCCAUCAAAUGCAAGCAGAUCAUGGGUAUAAAAAGCCCAAUAUCAAGCCCAAAACAAGAUUUCAAGGCCCAAAUUGUAGUAAGGGAAAGGACAAUGAAGGUGAACACAUUCUUUGGAAAGAGAAAAUAUUCAUUAUUAUUGUUUUUAAUUAAUAAGAUGUUGUAUUUUUUUUUUCAUUAUUAAUUAAUAUUCAAUUCUCUUAUAGUUCA